CUUAACAUCUCCUUGAAGCAUCCAAACCCCUAGCCGUUUUAAGCCAAUCCCCCUCCCCCCAUCGAGAGCGAGGCAUCCUGCGGCGCAUCGGCAAAUUCAUCGAGUCGCAGACAUGUCUUCGUUUUGGGGUGCGGAGGUGAAGCCCGAGAAGCCUUACACGCACACCCACAGCCCGCGCCGCGGCCGCCUGCGCCUCACCCAGGCGACGCUGGGGGCCGAGGUUGGCAAGGCGGAGAAGGGGAAGACGAACUUGGUGCAGCUGCAGUGCACUGUUAAGAACAAGGAGCCCGUGUAUCUCUGCGCCCUGAUUCCGGGGCAGUCGGUGACUUGCCACCUGGACCUCGAGUUCGAGGAGAAGUUCGUGACGUUCUCGGUGAUUGGGCCGAGGAGCGUCCACUUGGCUGGAUACUAUGUUGGCGAUGUGUAUGAGGACACUGGUGACAGUGAUACUGGUAGUGACUCACUUCAAGGCUCCGAUGAUGAUUUCAUGGCAUCUGAUGAGGAGGAUGUGGUCAUUCCAAUAUCCCAUGGUCAGAUGAACACAGACAGCGAAGAUGAUUUAGAAUAUGAUGACGAGUAUGAUUCAGAGGAUGAUGAGGAUUUGAUGUAUAACCAGGGUAGAGGCAAGAGUUCAGUUGUCAUUGAGGAGAUUCAAGAGGAUGAGAAGCCUGUUGGUGGUGAAGGACAGAUGGGAUCAAAGAAGAAACAGAACCGUGAAAAUGAUGAUAAUUCUCGACUUCAGCUUGCUGUUAGGACCCCACCUGUUGAAUCAGUGGAAAGUGAAGAUGAAGACGGCUUUCCAGUAUCUGAAUCAAAGAAGAGUUCUAAAGGUAGUUCCAAGAAGGAAGACAGGAAAAGGAAAAGUGAUGCUAUUAAUGAUCCCAGCAAGUCAUCAGGGGAGGUUAAUGCUGAAAAUGAUGUGGUUUCAAAGAAAAAGAAAAAGGCCAAGGACAAAAGGAAUGCUGUGGACAGUGAGAAGGUAAACGAUGAAGAUAAGGAGAUGAAGCUAGCUUCCUCAGCUGACACUGGUGCAGCCAAACAGAAGAAAAAGAAAAGCAAGAAGCAAAGUGCUUCUGAAGGUGACACUGAUGAGCAAGCUGAUAAGAAAACCAUAACUGACAAUGAUGAGGAGCCUAGCAAAGAGGGGGCCAAGAAAAAGAAGAACAAGAAGAAAACACAGGAGAACAACAGAAGUGAGAACCAGGCACAGGCUGAUGUUAUGAAUUCAGCUAGCAAGGAGCAGACAUCUCCAAAAGCACGUACUUAUGGCAAUGGUUUGAUUGUUCAGACGGUGGCGUUGGGUAAACCAGAUGGUAAAAAAGCUACCCCUGGGAGAAAGGUUUUUGUCACGUACACUGGCAAGUUGAAGAAUGGCAAGAUUUUUGACUCUAAUGUUGGUCGGAAGCCUUUUCAGUUUAGGCUAGGUGUUGGAGAGGUCAUUAAAGGCUGGGACAUUGGUGUCAACGGUAUGCGUGUUGGGGACAAAAGAAAGCUUACCAUUCCACCUUCUAUGGGCUAUGGAAACCAGAAGGCCGGAACGAUACCGCCGAACUCAACUCUUCUGUUUGAUGUGGAGCUAAUGAACGUACAGUGAAGAGAUGGUCCAAAAGGGAUGAGUACAGUGAAGAGAUGGUUCAAAAGGGAUGAGUACAAACCGAGACGGUUGUGCAAGUUCAAGAAAACAUCAUUUUCCUCCGUUCUCGCCAUAGCUUCAGUCAACAUCCUACAGUCGUCUUUAUGUACCUUGUUUUUUCAUCAGUUCUUCAUGUUAAUUAAGCCAUCUGGGCUAGUUUUGGAAGCGUAACAUUGGCCUGGGUUGCAACUGAGCUUACUACUGUGAUGAUUUUGUGACUCGUUUUGACAAUCUUUUGGAAUCACGCUAAGACUUGUUAUGAAGAAAUGGAUGUCACCGUUUUGAACUAUCGUAGGACAUGUACUACUAGUGAAUAGUGAUCCCAUUGUCUGAUUGUUGAAUGUUGUAAGGUUUGAAUCAUUUUUCCCUUUUGGCUGAA